UAUAGAUUGGACCCACAUAUACAUGGAUGAUAGAAGGGUAGUGGUCCUAGAUCAUCUAAGAAAAGGAGGAGAUGAAGCAAAGAAAGUUAGAGGUAAUUGUCCCUUCACUAAAAGCUAUUUAACUAAUCUAUGAAGCAUAUGACUUUGACUUUAUUGGCAGUUCUAAGGCAAAGUUUGUAACCAAGACUUUGAAGCCUUGUGGGGUUCCACAAACAAAUGAUGCAAGCACUUCCACAGAAAUGCAAUCACAUUUUCACACAUAGCCUGAAAAAUAAUUUGAGUUUGUAGCGCAACGACCAUUUCUUCGCCAUGGCUAGUCUUUAUCUUCUACUACUUCUUCCUCUGUUCUUAGCUCUUAUUCUCGCAGCCACCAUUACAGAAUCAAAAUCUUUCUCAACAACAGUGAAGGCACCAUAUCCAGGACAUAAACCGGAUAAGCUAACCCACUUACACUUCUACUUCCACGACAUUGUCUCCGGAGACAAACCAACCUCCGUCCAAGUCGCUAACGGUCCAACCACAAACUCUUCUGCCACCGGUUUCGGUUUGGUUGCAGUCGUUGACGACAAAUUGACGGUCGGGCCUGAAAUUACCUCAGAGGAAGUUGGGAGAGCCCAAGGAAUGUAUGCAUCGGCUGACCAGAACAAGCUUGGUCUGCUUAUGGCUUUUAACUUGGUUUUCACGAAGGGUAAAUUUUCCGACAGCACCGUGGCGAUGUAUGGCCGGAAUCCUGUAUUGUCGAAGGUGAGGGAAAUGCCGAUCAUUGGAGGUACGGGAGCUUUCAGGUUCGGAAGAGGAUAUGCAUUGGCCAAGACUUUGGUGUUCAAUAUUACCAGUGGAGAUGCUGUGGUCGAAUAUAAUGUCUAUAUUUGGCAUUAAUUAUUGUCAUUGAUUACUGCUUUUAGUUAUUAAAAAAAUCAAUAAACUGGUCUUUUUUUUUUUUUGAAUUAAUAUUGUGAUUUUUUGUGUAAUUUAUUGAAACUGUGGAAAAAACAUAUACUUUAUGUGAUGAUUUUUUUUUCUACAUACCAUGAGCUGAAUUUGCCUACGUACUUAGACGUAAAUGUUCAUUUCCA